UUAAAAUUUAAAGAAAUUGUUUGUAAAUAGGUAUGCAAUACAUCGUACACUGUACAAGAAAUUGUUGAUACUAACUUUCAUUAACGUAAUACUGCUUUGCCCUGUGCCGACAGCACUCAUAUUUUUGUUUAUAUAUAAUAUUGUAUUGAUCAAUUGUAUUUUAGUCUUAGUCUUAACUUAACGUAACUUAGCCUAAUCAUAAUAAAUAAUUAAUGUACUGACUAGUUGAUUUAUGUAUACUGAUCGCUUAACAUUUAUACUGUUCAUUUAGGAUUUUUAUACUGACCAUUUGGUAAUAAAAUAUUGACUGAAAAUUGAUUUAUAUACAUAUACUGACCGAAAAUGGGUUUAAGUACUGACUAUUUAAUUUGUCUGUUUAAGAACCAAUUAGCAGGUUGAAAGUACAUUUCGUUUCGAUAACGGUAAAAACAAGCUUAAAUUUCAUAUGUAAAAUAACAUUCUUGUGUUUUGCUUUACUCACUAUACCUUUAAAAAAUCAUGCAUUUUACAUUCUUUCUUACUCUUAUAUGUUUAACAAACUUCGGAAUUGGACAAAUAACAGUUCCUAACCAAUUUCAUUUUCCCUAUGGAGAUCCUGUAAUUCCUUUCAUUGGACUUUUUGUGGCGAUUGCAUUUCCAGUUGAGAUUAAUAACGUGGAUUUAUUUUUUUCGGUUAAUUUAGAAGCCAAUUACAAUUUACCAUCAAAUCAAACUAAUUUCACGUAUCCACCCACCGUUUCUAAUAGGAAUUUUCCUACUAUUUCGAGAUUAGGCGUGUACAGGGCGUUAGAAUUCAAAUUAGAAGGGCAUGGAUAUCCAGGUCGGGAAUGCCUUUUAAGAAUGAUUUGUGAAUGUGCUGAGAAAAAUUUAGACGGAAAUGGAAUUUUGGGUGAUUUAAUAAAUAUAAUUUUGAGGCCUUCUUACAGUUUGAAAGAAAAUGGUUCAUCAGUAUAUGACGAAGCUGAAAAUUAUGGAAAAUCUAACGAACACUGUGAAAUAUAUCAAGACUUAUGCCCAUUUAGUAUUUUAAAAUUAAUUACAUGGUCUGAUAUGUAGUGUAGUCUAUUUAUGAUCAA